GCCAUGCUGCUGACACCCUCGCCAUGUGAGCAGGCGUGGCAAGGUCUGUUGACCGCCCAGAUGCCGAUCGGAGGAGGGACAUGGCAAUAGUAUUUCAACCGAGACUCGCCGCACUUUGAUGCGGCAGACGGGCAGAGGUUCUCAACCCGCCCAAUGCCCUCCACCAUGUCUGCUGCAGCCGCUGCACCACCGCCACCAGCGAGGCCAAACACGGCCAGCGAAGGCGGCGACACGCGCUUCUUCGGCUCGCAAAUAGGGGGCAGGUCCGCCAUCAACUACAGCUACACCGACAUGCCGUGGAAGCUCAUGGCCUGGGACGUCUACCACUUCUUCCAGUACCUCUGGGCCAUCCCCUACAUUCUGUGGCCGGUUCGCCCCGCCGACUCGGCCGAGCUCAGCGAGCUGUCGCCCACAUGGGGUAACCUGUUCUCUAUUGCCGUCCAUGUCGUGCUGUGCGUGCUGCAACUCGCCGGCAUUGUGGCACUCCCAUUGCUGUUGGUGUUACCGGUCUGGACCGCGGCAGGACUGGUCGGCCUCUUUAUGCUGCUUAACAAAGCGCUGUGUAUGCUGCUGAACGGCGAGGGAGUCGAGUACCAUUCUGAUCCCGAGUACGCACCGGCACGGCCCGAGCAUGCCCACGAACAGUGGAUCUACAUCAAUGGGGUGGCAGCAGGGGCACAUUGGAUGCAGAGCAAUCUCAACCGUCUGGCCGUCACUUUCAAACGGCCCAUCCUCGGAAUCCACAAUAAGACCUCCGGCAUCCUCUUCGACGUGGUUGAGUGUCUCAUCCAGCGCAACUGGGGCUACGCAACGAACGACGUGAGAGUCUGCUACCGGAUCAUCAAGAAGAAACUCUACAACCCGCGCUACUCCAAGGUCAUCUUCAUCCUUCACUCACAGGGCGGCAUUGAAGGCAGUUUGAUCCUGGACUGGCUCCUACAGGAGUUGCCUCAGGACCUCCUCUCCAAGCUCGAGGUCUACACUUUUGGCAACGCCGCCAACCAUUUCAACAACCCGCAUCGCCACAUCAGCUCUCAGACCCUGGCCAAACGACACCCCUUCGCCGCGUCGAUCGACUCCAACCCGCUCGCCAGCGCGGAAGCGGUCUGUGCUCCGCCGCUCCGUCAACCGCAACCCAAGCCCAGGGCGAGACAGAGGUCUACUGCCGAGCCGUAUCCGUACCCCAACGGCACCAGCCACCCCUUGGCGCCCCUCACCACUACCAAUUGUAACCCUCCCGUAAAUGGAAUCAAAACCUCAACGACCACCCCGCACCCUUCCACGCUGUCGGACCGGGCGAUAGGCCACAUCGAGCACUACGCGCACACAACCGACUUCGUCGCCCUCUGGGGGGUGUUGCACUUUGCCACCGCCUCGCGUUCCUCCCCGACCAUCCCGCGCUUCAUCGGCCGCGUGUUUGCGCGAACCAGCGGCGGCGGGAGGGGCGGGCACCAGAUGGUGCAGCAUUAUCUGGAUGGCAUGUUCCCCCUGAAGCGGGACAAGACCACGGGGAUGCUGCUUAGAGGCGAGGGUGGCGUGCCGUUGGGGGCGUCAGAGGAGAAUGAGUUCAUGGAGAGCGAAGUCUCCAUCGGGGGUAAGGAGAAUGGCGAUAGGGAACCGGAGGGGGAGAGUGAGGAUGAGGGUGAAGAGGAGCAGGUGGAGGAAGCGGUCGAGAUCCAUGGGCUGAGUCCUGUCUUGGAGAAGAGGAGGAGCCUUAUCAAGGAGAGGAGGGAUGAGGAGGGGAUGAAGGUGAAGGUCAAGGAGUUGAGUCGGCUGUGGCAGUAUCGGAAUGGGCGGAGUCCGGAGGACACGCCGCCCGGACUGGUUAGGGGUAUGGAUGGCGUGGUGAGAAAUGCCACGAUGUGAGGGCCAUUGCGGCGGAAUAGGUGCUUACCUUAGGCGGUUUCAUGCAUGGCGCUGGUGUUCGGGUCUUUUAUGACUAGUGGAUAUUUUAUUUUGCAACCCAACCAGAUAUCUAAUCUAAGACUAGAUUAUCUUCUGAUCCAGGAG